AGAAAAAGCUACGAGGACUUAAGAGAGAGAAACUGAUGCGGUAGAGGGGAGAGAAGCAACCUCCCCAUUUUUUCCGAAUUCUUUUAGCAGAGGAAACAGACCAUUGUCGCAGUGGAGAGAGAAGGAGAAAGAGAGAGGACGCGAAGAAGAAUCGAUCGCAAUUCUUGUCAUUUAACACCGCGCCCACUUGCCGAAAUCAGUUCUGAAAUAAAUUGAACUCGUCCGUGAGGCCCGCUCGCAGAUUUAUUCUCCUUGUAAGAUCGAUAAGGAGGCGGAGUUCUGGGCGUCGGAGCGGUGAUUCUAGCUUCUGCGAGUUAGCCGGGCGGGGCGGAGGUUAUGUCUUCAACAGUCUGAAUCACUUAAGGUCCUUCCAGCUGAAGAGAAUGUCAUUGUACCACAGCGAAGGGCUUGAAGGAUCCUUUUCUCAAGACGAGAGGAGAGAGCGGAGGUCUGAUAUUGAAAACUCGGAGGAUGAGAGAAGGAGAACAAAGAUCGGAUCCCUUAAAAAAAAAGCAUUGAACGCCUCCUCAAAAUUUACGCAUUCUCUCAAGAAAAGAGGAAAGAGAAAAGUUGAUUCCAGGGCUGCCUCAGUUUCAAUUGAGGACUUCAGGGAUGAGGAAGAAGAGCGUUCCGUUUGUGCAUUUAGGCAAGAACUCAUUGCUAGAGAUUUGUUACCGGAGAAGCAUGAUGACUAUCAUACACUACUCAGGUUUCUAAAAGCUAGAAAAUUUGAUUUGGCCAAAACAACUCAGAUGUGGCAUGAGAUGCUUCGCUGGAGAAAAGAAUUCGGAACUGACACAAUAACGGAGGACUUUGAAUUUGAGGAGUUAGGCGAAGUACUGCACUACUAUCCUCAAGGGUAUCAUGGAGUUGACAAAGAGGGCAGGCCAGUGUAUAUUGAGAGGCUUGGAAAAAUUGAGCCAAGCAAGCUAAUGCAUAUCACCACUUUGGAUCGAUACCUAAAAUAUCACGUGCAGGAAUUCGAGAAAGCAUUUCUUGAAAAGUUUCCUGCUUGUUCAAUUGCAGCGAAAAGACACAUCAACACAACAACGACUAUAUUAGAUGUACAUGGUGUGGGUUGGAAGCAUUGGAGCAAAACAGUGAGAGACCUUGUGAUGAGCAUUCAGAAAAUAGAUGGUGAUUUCUAUCCUGAGACAUUGCAUCAGAUGUUCAUUGUGAAUGCUGGCUCAGGAUUCAAGCUCAUCUGGAACACAGUAAAGGGUUUUCUUGACCCAAAAACUACUGCGAAGAUACAUUUACUUGGAUCAAAAUAUCAGAAUAGAUUACUUGAAGCAAUUGAUGCUAGCCAACUUCCUGAUUUCUUUGGAGGUUUGUGCACUUGUUCGGAUGCAGGAGGCUGCCUUGGGUCCAAUAAAGGACCUUGGAAUGAUCCUUUUAUCAUGAAGCUUGCUCGUAAUGUCCAUGUAUCUUUUGUGAGGCAAAUCAGACAUGCAUCCGAUGGAAAGCCAAUAGGAAAACCUUGCAUACCACUGCGGCCAUUGAAGGCAAGAUGCAGUGACACUUCUACUGCUGAAUCAGGAUCAGAUGCUGAUGAUAUUGGUUCUCCUGUUGCAUCUCGAAAUGCUGAGUAUGCCCGGCUUGCUCCAGUUCAUGAAGAAGUUAGAGCAAACGAUUCAAGUUCAUAUUACAGCUGUGAUGACCAUUUUGUUGUGGUUAAUAAUGCUGCUGACAAUGUUCAUGAUGGGUCGGGAUUUUCUAGAGCCUCAAAUAGAGGAGUGGGUGACCAAAUACAUCCCUAUGGUUAUUUAGGCCUUGAAAGGCUAAAUGAAGAAUCAAUUCAAGGAAUCCUAAGAUAUUUUGCAAAGGCCUUGAUGAUGUUCUUUAUCAAGCUUCUCUCGGUCUUUCACGCCUUCAUUAUAAAACAAAGCCGGAGGGUUGAGGCAGUUCACCCUUCAGAUACUGUGGCCUCUCAGGCUGGAGAUAAUCAUGAAGUUGUCGAGGAUAUUAAAGAAGAACAUGUAAAUCCUUGCUUAGAACGAAUUCAGAGGCUUGAAGAAAUGUUCAGUGAGAUAAAAAGAAAACCCCCUGAAAUUCCUGCAGAGAAAGAGCGAGUACUUAUGGAAUCUUGGUGCAGAAUCAAAUCCAUUGAGUUUGACCUUGAGAAGACCAAGAGAGUUCUCCACGCCACUGUUAUGAAGCAAAUAGAGAUUUCUGAGACAUUAGAUGUUGUGCAGGAGUCCAGUGGUAGGAAAAGAUCUUUUUGCCGAUGAAAUAAAGAACAGAGUUUGGAGUAGCUGUGCAUGAAUUAGGAGCCAGAAUGUUGUAAUUAGCAAGGAGAAAAAUGCAUGCAUGCCGAAGCAUUCUUCUAGCCAUAGCAACUCCUUUCCUUUUUUUGUCCAAUUUUUGUGAAUGUUUUGAUCUAUUCACAACUUUCCACCCAGGGAGAUGUAUCUGGCUUCAAAUUUUAAUUUGUGUUCACAGGAAGUGUUAGGUUUAGAUCAGCAAAAAUUGAACAAAACCACACGAGAUUUCUGUUAAUACAAAAGUAGUUCUUUGAUCUC